GUAAUAUAAUACUGGUAAUCCAGCUGGUCUCCAACAAAACCCUGAUAGAUUCAUGCCGUGUAAACAAAAAUCAGCUUUUAGUUUAUGAAUUAGGGGAGACGUUCGGUGGUUACUGGGGCGCCUUGCCCCAUGGUGUUAUGGACGCGAAGCCUAAAGAAGACGAACAACAGUAUGCAAUAAAAACUACGCAACCUACGACUACCACGGAAAAGAAGACAACCACACAUACACCACCUCCUACAAUGUCGACUACAGAGGAAGUUAAACCUGUGAAGCCACCAAAGGAUUACAUUGUGGAGAUACCCAUUGUCAACGUGUCUUUUCAAUUGGUGCCCGGACGACUGCCACCCAAAGCCAUCUUCGACACUGAGGACAGUUUUGAUAAAAUUUUUGAUGUUAAGCCAUGGCCUAAUAUGACUUAUAAGUCGACGGUGCUGCCUCUGCUGCAAUUCUCGUUAGAAGACGAAGACGUAGGGGGUGCGUUGCGCACUCCCGUCGCUGUUGAACCUGAGCUUCCGGAGUUCCAAGUGGACUUCAAUUCCGAUAUAUUCACACCAGACUACAGAUCUUUACCUAUGUUUCCAUAUCAUACUUUCGUGUCACGGCCUCACGACGUAUUCACUAGCCAUUAUCGUACUUCACAAUCUCCGUUAAAUAAGGAACAUUCUGAAUCCUGGGAUGCAGUUAACGCAAUUUUGAAAAACCUGAAUAGAUCUGGACAUGUUGAUGGUAAAACGAAAGUUGAUGAUAACGUGGAAAAACUUUUACAAGGACUUGCGAAAAUUGGACCCAAUGAAACUGAUUUAUACGGGGACGUCUUUGCUUUUUCGAUGUGGCGGUCAAAAGAAGAAAAGCCUUUGACUCUACUAGACCACGAGUCGUGGGAGAACAUGGUACACGCGGCGUCUCUAAUGGCUGUCGCGCUGAACCAAUCCGUCACGGCCCGCGAGGACGUUGACACGCAGGGAGACAACGUCACCAUAUCGACACUAAGGCAAGUACUCUCGACAACUAACUGA